UCAGCUAAAUCUCAACUUGAGGUAACACAACUGUUAUUACAUACUUAUAUAACACGAGGACUUUUUAAGCUUCGAAUUUGGGCAUGGCGAACAUGCAGAUAGUUCCAGCAGGCAGAAAUGUAGAACCUCAGUAUGUGGAAAUGAUGGUGCCUCUCUACUCUUAUGGUUGUGAGAGAAAAGUCAACAAGGCUCUUUCCCAUAUCAAAGGGAUAUACUCAGUGAAUGUAGAUUUUGAACAACAGAAGGUGACAGUAUGGGGAAUAUGCAACAAGUAUGAUGUGCUAGCCACAAUUAAAAGCAAAAGAAAAGGCGCUCGUUUUUGGAAUCAAGAGGACAACAACAUGGACACAAUGCAAGAAGAAUCAGAAACAGAUUCAUCAUCAAGCCCACCAGCUUCUCGUUUUCGAAUUAGGCCCACUGCACCACCUUUGGCUCUCAUAAGGGCUCGAUCUCUAAGCUGGAAAGCUUUGAAAAAGGCCUUCACUAGAACAUAUUCAUUUUAAUAAUUAAAACAUUAUGUCCUACUCCUCAACGUUGCUUCCUUACUCGCCACAUAAAGAAAUAUGAGCAUGAUUGUAACUUUGUUUUGUAUAUAGCUGCCACUUUUAUGUCGGCGAUUAAUUAAGUGUUCCCAUCUUUGGUUUCCGA